AUGGUGAGAUCAAGGGCUCAAGUAUUCUCAAUGGCAACUAUAUUUGCUGCUACAAUUUGCAAUGGUGAUCGUGGUGCUCUUGAACUCAAGACAGAGGUCUAUUUAGUUGUGUGUACUCUAAAUCCUCCUCCUCCACAAAAUGAUACUCCUCCUCCACAAAAUGAUUUACCCUUUCAAGAAAGUGAACCAAGUUCUCCUUUACAUCAUGCUAGUGAACAACAUUCUUCCCCAUCUCACAAUUUCCCUCAAAAUGAAGAUGGGCAAUCUUUUCCCCAAGGUGGUUCGGAUCCUAGUGCUCAAAUUGGUGAAGGAAGGUUAAGUGCACUUGAUAUUAUUAAUCUUCCACAAGACCCCGGGAAAAGAAGAAGGAUGUGUGAUUUUCAUCCCGAUGAUAGGGAUUUAGUGCGGAGAACAUACAUUCAAAGAAAGCCAUGUCAAGCUAAAGAUCAUGCGUUUCCUCAAACACUUUUUGGGCCGAAAAAACGUCGAUUUAACGUUAAUUGGUUUGAUACUUGGCCAACAUGGCUUGAGUAUAGUGUUGAGAAAGAUGCUGCCUUUUGUUUCAUUUGCUAUCUAUUUAAGGAUGGUAACACAGCGGGAGUGGAUGCUUUUGUUAAUGGAGGUUUCAGAUGUUGGAAUAGAAGAGACACAAUUGUAAAGCAUGUUGGUGGACACAAGAGUGCUCACAAUAAUGCUGUGAUUGCUAUGAACUUUUUCAUGAAUCAAAUGAGUAGCAUUGCCACCGCUUUAUCAAAACAAACAACGGAAACCAUGAGUGCCUAUCGUAAGAGAUUAGAAGCUUCAAUUGAAACCAUUAAAUGGCUAUUGUUCCAAGGGUUGCCUUUUCGUGGUCAUGAUGAAAAGGAAAGUUCAUUGUCUAGAGGUAACUUUCUUUCGUUAUUAACUCUUCUUUCAAACCAUGAUCCUGAGUAUUCCAAAGUUGUUUUUAAAAUGGCCCCUGGUAAUUGUCAACUUACUUCUCCAAGUGUCCAAAAAGAUAUAAUCAAUGCUUGUGCUAAAGAAACAACUAAAGCAAUAUUGGAAGAACUUGAUGGUGGAUUUUUUGCUAUUCUUGCUGAUGAAUCUGCCGAUGUUUCCGAUAAGGAACAAAUGGCACUUUGUUUGAGAUUUGUUAAUAAAAAGGGGGAAGUGUGUGAGCGUUUUCUUGGUAUUGUGCAUGUUCCUGAUACUAGUUCUUUGACUCUCAAAGCUGCUAUUGAGUCAUUACUCAUGGAACACUCUUUAACUUUCUCUCAAGUUCGAGGUCAAGGUUAUGAUGGGGCAAGUAAUAUGCAAGGUUCAAUCAAUGGCCUUAAAACUCUAAUUUUGAAUGAAUGUUCUCAAGCAUACUUUGUUCAUUGCUUUGCUCAUCAACUUCAAUUGACACAAGUUGCACUUGCUAAGAAAAACUCAGAUUGUGGUUGGCUUUUUGUUGAUGUACUUGCACCUCUCUUGAACUUUGUGGGAGGUUCACCUAAGAGGAAAGAAUUUCUUCGAGAAAAACAACGUCAAGGGGUUGUAGAAGCAUUAUCUUUGGGUGAAAUUGAAUCGGGAACUGGUUUGAAUCAAGAACGUGGCUUAUGUAGACCUUGUGAUACUCGUUGGGGAUCUCACUUUAAAACCAUUUUGAAUGUGCUUGAUUUAUAUCCUUCAAUAGUUUUGUCACUUGAUUCCAUUGCAGAAGUAUCUGAUACACUUGAUUCGAAUAAAGCACAAUCUAUUACACACUUGUUGAUGUCAUUUGAUUUUGUGUUUGUGGCACACUUGAUGGUUGAUAUAUUUGGAAUUACAAAUGCGUUGAAUGUGGCAUUGCAAAAACAUGAUCAAGAUAUUGUAAAUGCAAUGGUCAUGGUUGAUGUAACCAAGACUAAUUUGCAAAAAUUGAGAGAUGAAGGAUGGGAUUCACAUAUGGAAAAAGUCACUUCUUUUAUGGCUAAAUAUGGCAUUGAGGUUCCAAACAUGGAGGGGCGAUAUGUGGUUCCUGGGAGAAGAAUGUAUAGAGGUAAAGGUCCACAAGUGACUAAUCUUCAUCAUUUUAGAGUUGAAGUUUUUCUAAGUGUCAUUGAUCUUAAAUUACAAGAACUUGAAAAUCGAUUUCCCGAGCAGACUAGCAUAUAUAUCAUGAGUUUAAAGUCAUUUUGGAAACGUGCCGGGAAGUCACAAAAGUCUUCAACUUGUUCUUCACCUAGUUCAAGGGAUCCUCCAAUAGAAGAACAUGUGUCUCCUAACGAUGAUGAGGUUCCUAUUACUGCACUUCGUCAUGAGCUUCAAUUUAUAUUAAUGAUGUGCGCCAAGAUGCAAGGUUUGGAGACUUGA